GGGGUUGGUUGGUAUUUUCAAUUUCUUCAUAAGGCCUGUUCUGUGUUGUGCAAUUAUUGAACUUUGCACUAGAUUUGUUCAGUUUUGGUCCAGAUAGUGGCACCCUCGGGUGAAAUAUCUCCUGGUGAAACUGAACAAAAUCUUUCUUGAUAAAGUUUUGAUUUGCUUGGUAAAAGUUGGUCCUUUAUUCACGAAAGUUUGAUUUAUUUUAAAGGAAAAAGAAAAAACACGAGGAAGUGCAGAAGAUUACCUUUUUAUAAUUCUUGAGCACGUUUGGUUGCUGGUGAAAAUAUCUGUCUCAUUUCAUGUUCUUUGGCUUCAUUAUUUGAAACUUUGGACUGUUACUUCGGGUUUAUGCUAUUACGUACCUUUGUUCCCUUUUUUUCAGUGUUGGGGAUGCGAAUAUUGUUGAUCUAUGUUUCUUCUCCCUUCUUUCAACUUUCAAAUUUGGACAUUCAGACAGAACAUUUGUUGCCCUUUUGGGUUUUAUAAUUUUGUUGUACUAAUCUAUAACACAUGAAUGUUUUUUCUUUCAAUUUAUGUAAAGGUGAUAUGCUGGUUAAUUAUUUUCCAAGAAUUUAAAAAGGAAAUAUAGCAUCAGCAUUUAGCUGAGUUACAUGAUUUGUUUUUAAUAAUUUGACAAUAGUUUGCUCCCUUUAUAGGUGCAUUUAUCUUGAAAUAGCAGUAAUUAGCAAACAUGGCGCUAGGGAAGAAUAUCCGAGGCGAUGGGAGGAAGUUAUCAAACUACUGUUCAACUGUCUCUGUAGCGGUGUUUGUUGCAUUUUGUUUAGUAGCUGUAUGGAUUGUAAUGUCAUCUAUUGUUCCAAUUCAGAAUUCAGUCAUUAAGGUAUCUGAGGCCAUUCAUGAUGCUAAAAAUGUAGCAAGUGAAAAUAGUUCCAGGCAAUUUGAAGACAGAUUAGGUGAUAUACCCGACGAAUCAACACAAGGAGAUAGCCAGACUCAUAAAUCUGAGAGUGAUAGUCAUCCAGAAAACCAGGAUGACCACCAUGGAGGAGUUGAAAAAGUGUCUGAUAAUACAGCUGAAGAAAACAUGCAAGAGGUUGUUAGGGAAAACUCAAGUGAAGAGAAUGAUUUAGAGAAGGGUCCUGGGAAUACAGCUGAGGAGGACUAUCAAAUGAGGCAUAUCAAGCCAAGCACUGAUGAGAAGGAGAAAGAAUCAGAUGAAAGCUUAAAUUCAGAAUCUGAAGAAGCAAAAACAUUGAAUGGUCAAAUUAAUGAUGAUGAACUUGGAGAAUCAAUGGAAACUAUAGAUGAAAAAAAAUCUGAAAAGAGUGUAAAUGAUAACAAAUUAGAGACAGAAAAGCAUACAGAUGAAGUCACAGAACAAGAUGAGAUGGUUGGUGAGACUGAGGAGGAGAAAAUCAAGAAAAAUCUGCAUUCAAAGACAACACAAAGUACUGGAGAGAGUAAUGCAGAAAGGCAUGAAGACAGUGCAGCUUCAAAAGAAGCUUUUAUUAAUGGUACCCUUUCUGAAACUUUGACUGAAGCUGGCACUGAAAAUGGAACAUGGUCAACUCAAGCUUCAGAGUCGCAGCAUGAGAAGGAAUCACAGAAGUCCUUGAUUUCUAUUGACAGCAAAAACUAUGACUGGAAACUUUGUAAUACAACUACUGGAUCAGAGUACAUUCCUUGCCUUGACAAUUGGCAAACAAUUAAAAGGCUUAAAAGCAUAAGGCACUAUGAACAUCGUGAGAGGCACUGUCCUGAUAAAGCUACCACUUGUCUUGUUUCUCUGCCUGAAGGCUAUAGAAGCCCAAUUAAGUGGCCCAAAAGCAGGGAAAUGAUAUGGUACAACAAUGCUCCGCACACAAAGCUUGUAGAAUAUAAGGGUCAUCAAAACUGGGUCAAAGUUACCGGUGAAUACCUUACUUUUCCUGGUGGGGGAACUCAGUUUAAACAUGGAGCUCUUCAUUACAUUGAAUUCAUUCAGAAAUCUCUUCCUAAAAUUGCAUGGGGGAAGAGAAGUCGUGUGGUAUUAGAUGUUGGAUGUGGAGUAGCCAGCUUUGGAGGCUAUCUGUUUGAAAAAGAUGUUCUAACCAUGUCAUUUGCUCCUAAAGAUGUGCAUGAGGCACAGGUGCAAUUUGCACUGGAACGUGGAAUUCCUGCCACAUUGGGUGUCAUGGGCACUAAAAGAUUGCCCUACCCUGGUUCUGUCUUUGAUCUUAUCCACUGUGCUCGUUGUAGGGUCCCUUGGCACAUAGAAGGUGGUAGGCUACUCUUAGAGCUUAAUCGUGUCUUGCGACCUGGAGGUUAUUUUGUAUGGUCUGCUACUCCAGUGUACCAAAAGGAUCCAGAAGAUGUUGAGAUUUGGAAAGCCAUGGGUGAAGUUACAAAGUCAAUGUGCUGGGAUUUGGUGGUAAUUGCAAAGGACAAAUUGAAUGGAGUGGCAGCAGCGAUGUAUAGAAAACCAACUGACAAUGAAUGCUAUAACCAAAGAUUAAACAAUGAGCCGCCAAUGUGUGAUGGAUCUGAUGAUCCUAAUACAGCCUGGAAUAUAUCACUACAGGCUUGUAUGCACAAAGUGCCUACAGAUGCAUCAGACCGAGGUUCAAUCUGGCCUGAGCAAUGGCCACUGAGGUUGGAAAAACCACCUUACUGGUUAAACUCUCAGGCUGGUGUUUAUGGAAGAUCUGCUUCAGUAGAAUUCAAUGCCGAUUACAAGCAUUGGAAGAAUGUUCUUUACCACUCAUAUUUGAAUGGAAUGGGUAUCAAUUGGUCCUCAGUAAGAAAUGUCAUGGACAUGAGAGCUGUUUAUGGAGGGUUUGCUGCAGCACUCAAAGCCAUGAAAUUAAAUGUUUGGGUAAUGAAUGUGGUUCCAAUUGAUUCUCCAGACACGCUGCCAAUAAUAUAUGAGCGUGGAUUAUUCGGUAUUUAUCACGAUUGGUGCGAAUCCUUCAAUACCUAUCCUAGAUCUUAUGAUCUUCUCCAUGCUGAUUCCUUAAUCUCAACACUUAAAGAAAGGUGCAACAUAGUGGCAGUGAUUGCAGAAGUUGAUAGGAUCCUGAGACCAGAAGGAUAUUUGAUCAUAAGAGACAAUGUUGAAACUAUUAGUGAGAUAGAGAACAUGGCAAAAUCUCUACACUGGGAAAUUCGGUUAACAUAUUCAAAAGAUGGGGAGGGAUUGCUUUGCGUUCAGAAGACAUUCUGGCGUCCAACAAAGGUUGAAACCAUUGUGUCAGCCAUUGCCUGAUUAGGAUUUAGGAUGCUCAAUUUCACGGUUUUUUAUUUGCCACGAUUGUAUUAUUUAAGUGUCACAUUUACUACUCUAUGUAAUAUUUGUUUAUUUAUUUAUUAUUUUUUAAAGUAAAUUUGUGGGUUAUUAUUCUUUUGACACCCCUAAUAGUUUUAUUUUAAGGGAAAAUUUUAAGGUUAUUCUAUCUUUGGUUCAAUCCCAAAGAUUAUGAUCUUUUGCAUCUUUUGUCUGUACUAGUCUUUGAAGCUAGCUAGCUACUGCAUGGUUGAGAUGGGCAAUAAAUAAGGUCAAGAGAUUUCGUU